UAAUCCUCCGAUAUGUCUACCUCUGUGGCCAACGGCGACUCUCACCCUCCUGCUAUCUUCGACUCUCUGCCGUACUAUGACAAUGAACUGGAGCUGUAUCCGGUGCUAAAGGAGAAAGUCGAGCGGGAGUUCGCGCGCGAGGGGAAGCCACCACAAACCCUUCAUCCCGGGGUUCCACCCGCACCAACAUUAUUUGCUGCUAAUCCACUACUGCAAGCCGAACUUGAGCGCGUCUCAAAUCACCAACCUAUGUCACCGCUCGAUACUGCCCGGUACCAGUUGCCCGCACCUACUGCGCCUGAGAACGAAGAAGAGUGGCAAGAAGCCCUCCAAAAUGCGCGCGCUCAAUUAGAGCACCAAAAGUUGAGGCAAACGAACCUGGCUUUGCUGCAGCAGUAUGGGUCCAAUGCGUGGCGGAUACACAACUAUCUGAACGAAGCGUCCGCGAAGAAUGUUGAGAAAGCUCUCGAAGACCUCAAGAACUUGACAACAGAAGUCAACCGUGAACGCAAGAACUUCCAGACGCGCCUAGGCUCGCAGCUGACUUCGCUCGAGACUCGGUGGACAGAGCUGAUCUCCAGCAUCCUCCAAAUCGAGAUGGCGAACGUCGCACUAGAGGUAGAAAUCGACCGCGUCAACAAGCGGGAGGUAGAGCUCGCCGCGGCGCUGUGAUCUCGUCGCCCUGUCCCCCCUUCGCACCUGUAUUUUUAGGCUUGUGCUUUGUGUCAUACCAGUGUUACUAGCGGAACGGGUGCCGCGUCGGCCAUGCAUCAGUCUAAGAACC